UAGGCUACAUUCAAAUCAAAGUUACAGACAAUUCGAAAAAAGAGCUUCACACCAAUGGUAGAAUAAUAUUAAACAAACGUUUUUAAAAGAAUAAGAAAAUAAAAAUACAAGAAAAGCACUUGCUAACAUAACCCUCACAAUGUGUAAUUUGCGUUCAGUGGGAGAAACGAGAGAAUCACCAGCUACCUGAAAAAAACUUGGACCUUUCAAAUGUGAACUUGUCAGUAAAAAAAAUAAAUUUGUAAAUAAAAUAUAAAUGAGGAUGAAGCAUCUCCGAAGCACAGCAGCGCAACCUGCGCAGAUAGACGAGUGCAGGAUUUUCUACAGCAGCAUGCUGCAGUUUACACAAGCAAAACUAGACGUGUGACAAUGGACUGCUUAUCCUAGAAUGCGCAGCCCGGCUCACCAGUGCAGGGAUAUCGAGAGGCAAGCCGGCUACCUGCAGCCUGACCAGUGUGUGCCACCCCCUCACAGCACGGCGGACAGCAUGUGGUUCAUCCAGGACAGCUGCGGCAUCGUCUGCGGCGUUAUCACCUGGCUGCUGGUCUUUUACGCCGAGUUCGUGGUGCUGUUCGUCAUGCUGGUGCCCUCCAAGAGCCUGGUGUACAGCAUAAUCAAUGGAGUCCUUUUCAAUGCGCUGGCCUUCCUCGCCCUGGCCUCACACUUCAGGGCCAUGCUGACAGACCCGGGGGCAGUGCAAAAAGGCAAUGCCACUAAGGAGUUCAUUGAGAGUUUGCAGCUGAAGCCGGGCCAGGUGGUCUACAAGUGUCCUAAGUGCUGCAGCAUCAAGCCGGACCGAGCCCAUCACUGCAGUGUUUGCAAGAGGUGUAUUCGAAAGAUGGAUCACCACUGCCCCUGGGUCAAUAACUGCGUAGGGGAGGAAAACCAGAAGUACUUUGUGCUGUUCACAAUGUAUAUAGCGCUGAUUUCCUUGCAUUGCCUUGUGAUGGUAGUGUUUCAUUUCCUUUAUUGCUUCGAAGAAGACUGGACAAAGUGCAGUACCUUCUCGCCUCCAGCGACAGUCAUCCUGCUCAUCCUGUUGUGUUUUGAGGGGCUCCUUUUCCUUAUUUUCACAUCUGUGAUGUUUGGGACCCAAGUCCAUUCAAUCUGUACUGAUGAAACAGGCAUAGAACGGCUUAAAGGCAAGACUCCCACUUGGGAGAGGAAGAGGUGCUGGGAGGGGAUGAAGGCUGCCUUUGGGGGCCCCCUGUCCCUGGGCUGGUUCAGCCCCUUCUCUGACCUGAGCUGUGAGAAGAGGCCGUCCACUGGGGUCCAUGCUGCUGAGGGAGAGAUCAUCGAGGAGGAUGUGAUUGAAGUCCAGGAGGAAUACUAAUAAACUUUCCUAUUACUGGAUCUGUAUUGUUACCUGAACUAUAUCCACACCCUGAAGGGGACCAAUAUAGUCUGUGCCUUAACUGCUUUUAGACUGACAAGGUGUUCAGUAAGCUUACUUACCCUUUCUGAAAACAGAAAUAGAAGGUGACUAGAAAGUGAAAUUAUCCACAAAGCAAUAAACCUGCCAGGUGGAGGCGUCAAUUAUAAUGUCCAACAAGAUUCAAGGACUAGGCCCAUACUUCAUAAAGGGUUACUGUACUUCAAACUUUUUAAAUUAUUUCUUAUUUGAUACCUUUUAUGUUUCUGAGUAGAUGUGUUUUGUUGCUUUCGUUUUCACUGCAGCUGUCAGACUAGCUUUCUGCUAAUUCUGUUGGUGCUGUGGACUGAAAAAUGGAACCGCAAAGGCUUUGAUUUUUUCUCUCUCCAGAAAGUCUUGUGACACUACGGCAUAGCUAAAAAAAAAAGGAUGGGAAAGGUAAAUAAUUUACCAAGGGAUAUUACAGAACCAUACAAGGGGAAAAACACUGGCAAACAACAGCCUGAUUGUGUUCAGAGACGGUCAAGAGCUAACCCAUGAGACAAAAAUCAUACUGCUAAUUUUCAGAGGUACAAAGUUUAAUAUCGAGAGACCUAAUUAAAGGCCUGUCAAACCAAUUUCCUGUCACCCUCCACUCAUUACCACAUUCAGUGUCCCUUCCAGAAUCAUGUGGGAAUGAAAGGUGCAAGCUCCUGCUGAUAUCGCUGGGUUAUUAUCACACUUCAUUUAAUAUUAGGAGAAAAGGCAUAGCAUUUGAAGGGUUGCAUGUAAGUAUAAGAUCUAGUGAAGUGUUCUGAUUAUAAAGAAUGGUAGCACAAUGUCACACAGCGAACAUUGCACUGUGCAUGUGUGCAGCUUUCUGGUGCUUUUCAUUAUUAAAUAAUCAUUUUUUAGAUAUUAUUAUUAAUGUAAUUGUUAUUUUUUUAAUUACACAUGAGGUUAUUGUAAAACAAAAUACUUUUGUGAUAUUAUCUCAUUAUAGUCUAGAUAGAACCAGAAUGGUGAACGCUGUUUACCUGUGCUUACCUGUCGGUAUCUGGCUCAGUUUGUUUCUUGUUAUCAAACAAAAUCUUUCAAAAAUAAGAAAGAAAAAGUGCUGCACCAGUCUCGGUGCUUUGCCUUUUACGUCAUAGUUUGUUUGGCCAAGGAUUAAGUCAAACAAAUAACCCAAAAAUGGGAGCUGACUUAUAAAUAUUGGUACAAAUCUUUGUGCAGUUAGCAUUAAAUUGUUUUGAAAAAUAUCCAGGUUUCUAUAAUUUAAUAAGAAAUACUGUACAGUUUGACAAGGUAUUUACUUAGCCAUUGUAUUUGUCACUGCACUAACACAAAGGCAAUCAGGAGAGAUUACACUACUUAUAAAGUCUGAGGUGGCAAAAGCAAACAUCCUGUAGGAUACUAAAAAAAUGCUAAUUAAUAACACUACCUCACAAGUCCAGUGGGUCCCAUAUAGUUUUCGUUUACUAUAACACAGAAACAUUUGUUUUUAAUUUUAAAACAGCAGUGGUGACUGUAUGACAUUAAAUCAUGUCUGAGAGGGGUAAAACAAGCAACAAUUGCCCCUCUACAGUCAUUCUGCAUUUAUUUGUACUAUUAUACUUCUUGGAGGGUAGUGUAUUGAUUGUAGCAUACGUGAUAUGAAUUGAAAAUUAAUCAAUGCAUUUAAUUGGAAAGCAUGACAUAGUUUCUAAACAACCUCAUUAUUAUUAAUGAAACCUAACAUUAGUGCCAUCAAGGAGUAAAAAAAUGAGUAAACUGGGAGCAAAUUCUGUAGGGCAUAUGAGGCUUUUUCACGCUGCCUGUCUCCCCAGUUGGAUUUGACAUUGCCGUGGUGUGGGGCAUGUUCUGUUGGUAAACUCUUGGGCCCCUUGGUAAUUCUGGACGGCUGAACGCACGCACCAGGAUAUUAAAAAUGCUCUACCCAUCUGUGGUCAGCCUUGAGUGCUCAAAAAAAUAAAUACUACAAAAACAGAAUUUCGAUUUUCAGUUUCACAUUAUGAAGGUACUAAAAAUACAAGGCCUCAGGUGCUCUUUUACUUCCCCUUAAUGGAUUAGAACCAAGCCAAUUCUUCAACUGUUGUAUGAAAAUGUUUGUCCUGUAAUUCUGUAGCCUCUGGUAUGCUUCAGUCUUUGGUUAGGGAAUCAGCCUUUGAAAACCUGGCUUUCUAUGUUUCAGCGUUAAGAGGCCACUGUGUGUAGUUUUAUGUUUGCACUUGACCGUUGUUUUUUAGCCCUCCAGUUAUGUUUCAGUCUAUUUGACACGACCGAGUUUCCAACUAAGCAUUUCACAAUUAGAAUUUUUUUUUCAUAAUAUUUCAAGACCUCCUGAUGUGGUGGGAUGAACAGAUUUACACAUGAAAUAAUGAUUCUGCUGUGCUUUACAUUUCCUUGGACUCAUUAUGUACACAAACAUUAUGUUUCAAGUCAGUAUGACAGAUGUAGUAAAAUUCUAAAAAGAAAAAAAUACAGUAAUGGGUAACAUAAGAUCGCAAUGAGAAGACCUUUGCAAUCUUAAGCAUUAU